AUGUGCGACUUCUCGAGUUAUGGAGGCAGUUGUGAAGAAUGGCUCAACUUGGAGCAGACCCUUGCACCGACAACCGGUCCCGAAAUGCCUACAGCUGACAUGGUAAAACUUGCUAACAAGGAACGAGAGGCCAUUGUGAGGCAGUCCAUGAUAAAGCUGGCACCUCAAGUUGGGACAAAGAACCACACGGUACCUUCUCGAGAUGGUAGCAGCAUUCAAGUGCGAAGCUAUAGGCCAAUCAAUGUCACCGAAGACGAAAUACUCCCGUUAUACAUCCAUCUACAAGGAGGCGGCUUCAUGUAUGGCACACUCGACGCUGAGGAUGCGAUAUGUGCUCGAAUAGCCAUCGGUUCUAAAGUCACAGUCCUCAACGUUGACUACAGACAUAUACCAGAGUUUACAUACCCCACACAAUGGAAUGAUGCAGAGGAUGCUUUUGAGUGGGCGCACGAUAACAUGGACAAACUCAAGUGCGAUCCUCGACGAGUCCUUCUUGGUGGAGUAUCAGCAGGUGCCUGGGUUGCUGCGUCGCUCACUCUCCAAAGACAUCUCAACCGCACAUCAGAUCCUCUACCGCCUAUUGCCGGCCAAGUUCUCAUGAUACCCUGCUUGGCACAUGUCGAUUGCUACGAACCGCAGCUAAAGAAGAUGAAAGACCCGUCGAUAUCGUCCUACAAGCAAAAUGAGUUGGCACCAAUGUUCUCACUUGCCCAACUUCGCUGGUACACCAGUCUUCUCAAUAUAGAGAGUCCAAGUGUUGAUGAUAUCAAGAUCAAUCCCGGCAAUGCGACACCUGAACAGGUCAAAGGCAUGCCACCUAGUGUAAUUGGGAUAGCUGGCUUGGAUCCCUUGAGGGAUGAAGGGCUGCUGUAUGCCAAGAUGUUGACAGAAGCUGGGCAAGUAGCUUGUUCUCGAUGA